CUUGAUACCAAACCUGAGUUAAUCUUCAAGUUGGAGCAAGGAAAAGAACCGUGGGUAAUAAAUGCCAAAAUGUCCACCCAGAGCUGUCCAGAAUGCAGUGACCUAUGAUGAUGUGAAUGUUGACUUCACUUGGGAAGAGUGGAGUUUGCUGGAUCCUUCCCAGAAGAAUCUCUACAAAGAUGUGAUGUUGGAGACCUACAGGAACCUCACUAUUAUAGGAUACAGCUGGGAAGACCAUGAUACUGAAGAACAUUGUCAAAGUUCUAGAAGACAUGGAAGGCAUGAAAGAAGUCAAACUGGAGAGAAUCCUUCUGUAUAUACUCAGUGUGAUAAAUUCUUUGCAUAUGAUAGUCAUCUUCAAAGGCAUAAAAGAACACAUACUGGAGAGAAACCUUAUGAAUGUAAUCAGUGUGGCAAAACCUUUGUAUGUCUUAGAAAUCUUCGAAAGCAUAAAGGAACAGAGAGAAAAGAGAAGUCCUAUGAAUGUAAUCAGUGUGGUAAAGCCUUUGCUUAUCACAGUCAGCUUCAAAGGCAUAAAAGAACACAUACUGGAGAGAAACCCUAUGGAUGUAAUCUGUGUGAUAAAACCUUUGCACGUCACGACGAUCUUCAAAUGCAUAAAACAAUACAUACUGGAGAGAAACCCUAUGAAUGCAAUCAAUGUGGUAAAGCUUUUGCACGUCACAGUUAUCUUCAAAUGCAUAAAAGAACACAUAUUGGAGAGAAACCCUAUGAAUGCAAUCAAUGUGGUAAAGCCUUUGUAUGUCUUAGAAAUCUUCGAAAGCAUAAAGGAACAAACACCCGAGAGAAGUCCUAUUUAUGUAAUCAAUGUGGUAAAGCCUUUUCACAGCACAGACAUCUUCAAAUGCAUAAAAGCACACAUACUGGAAAGAACCCCUGUGAAUGUAAUCAAUGUGGUAAAGCCUUUGCUUAUCACUGUCAUCUUCAAAGGCAUAAAAGAACACAUACUGGAGAGAAACCCUAUGGAUGUAAUCUGUGUGGUAAAACCUUUGCAUAUCACAACAAUCUUCAAAUGCAUAAAACAAUACAUACUGGAGAGAAACCCUAUGAAUGCAAUCAAUGUGGUAAAGCUUUUGCACGUCGCAGUUAUCUUCAAAUGCAUAAAAGAACACAUACUGGAGAGAAACCCUAUGAAUGCGAUCAAUGUGGUAAAGGUUUUGCACGUCACAGUUAUCUUCAAAUGCAUAAAAGAACACAUACUGGAGAGAAACCCUAUGCAUGCAAUCAAUGUGGUAAAGCCUUUGCACGUAUCAGUAAUCUUUUAAAGCAUAAAAGAACACAUACUGGAGAGAAACCCUAAUGAAUGUAAUCAGUGUGGUAAAGCUUUUGCAUGUCUUAGUCAUCUUCAAAUGCAUAAAAGCACACAUACUGGAGAGAAACCCUACGAAUGUAAUCUGUGUGGUAAAGCCUUUCUAUGUAUCAGUAAUUCAAAAUCAUGAGAAAAAA